AUGUCAAAGACCAAUAUAUUGAUGGAGAUCAAGGAUAUGAAGGAACUCAAAUGGCCGGUCAGAAUGAGGUCACCACCCGAAUCCAGGGACAUGAAUAAGUACUGUGAGUUCCAUCGGGAUCACGAACAUACCACAGAGAACUGUAAGGCCCUACAACGGGAGAUUGAAGCCCUUAUUAAAAGGGGACUCUUGAGUUCCUACGUCAGUAACGACAAAUGCCCGAGGAAUGAUCGUGGCAGGGAAAAAGCCCCUGAGGCAAAAGGGAUGGUCAACCCACUGCUGGAACCGUCAAUAUCAUCAUUGGGGCUGGAGGAUAUUACUUUUGGGACCGGGGACUUAGAAGGUGUAUCACUUCCACAUGAUGACGCCUUAGUAAUCUCAGCGAUUGUGGCCAAUUUUGAAGUAAAGAGAAUCUUGGUUGACAACAGGAGUGCGGCCAAUAUACUUUCACAAGAAGCUUUUGCCAAAAUGGAAAUCUCAUCUCAGCAGCUCAAAGCGGUUAAAACUCCUCUCCAGGGGUUUGGGGGAGGAGUCAUCACUCCAGAGGUUGUCGUCGAGCUUCCUCUAACUUUGGGUUCUGGCCAGAAAUAG